GCUCCCUACCAUCUUGAGUCCGAGGGAGGGAAGCGAGCUGGCUCCUGGCGCUCUCGCCUCUCUUCUUCUCCCUCCCCAGCAGCAGCUGGGCUGCUCGGAUAACGUCAUCGCUUCCGCCCAGCUUCCUCCUCCUGCUGGCGGCGGUAAGAAUCCAACAUGGAGUAAAAGGCAGCGAUGGGGCUCGGACGGGGCCGCCGGCUGCUGCUGCUGCUGCUGCACCCGGGCGCACUGACCGACGCUGCGCCCCGCUGCCUUCCCGCGCGCUGAGCGCACUCCCGCUGCCCUCGUUCCCUCUCCCCGCCUUCCCCCUCCUCCGAUCCUCGCCUGCAACCAACGAGGCCUUAGCAAACACCCGUCUUCGGCUGGCUGGCUGGCUUCCUUCCUUCUCGGGCCCCCCUUCCCCAAAGCGCAGGCGGCCUCCCCGCAUCCCCCGCGCGCUCUCUGGCUCUCCCCACAAUGUGAAGCCCAGGAAAAAAUGAAGAGGCGCAGCCCGGCUGCCCGCGGCAGGGGAUGAGCCUAACGGGGGAGAAAAUGACCGAAGAAACCCACCCAGACGAUGACAGCUAUAUUGUGAGAGUCAAAGCGGUGGUUAUGACUCGAGAUGACUCCAGUGGAGGAUGGUUGCCACAAGAAGGAGGCGGUCUUAGUAGAGUUGGCGUCUGCAAGGUCAUGUGCCCAGAAGGCAAUGGAAGAAGUGGAUUUUUGAUCCAUGGGGAAAGGCAGAAAGACAAACUGGUGGUAUUGGAAUGCUACGUGAAGAAGGACUUGAUCUACACUAAAGCAAACCCUACAUUUCAUCACUGGAAAGUUGACAACAGAAAGUUUGGGCUUACUUUUCUAAGCCCUGCUGAUGCACGAGCAUUUGAUAGAGGUGUGAGGAAAGCCAUUGAAGAUCUUAUUGAAGGAUCUACAACUUCAUCUUCAACAAUCCACAAUGAGACAGAAGUCGGAGACGAUGACGUCUUUACAAAUGCUACAGACAGCUCUUCUAAUUCCUCUCAAAAGAGGGAGCAGCCUUUGCGAACACUAGCAUCUCCUCCAUCCUGCGAGCAUCACAGAAUUUACACCCGGGGACCUAUACAUGACCAGUUUAGCUCUGACCACUACCAUCUAGAACAAUCACUCCCACGGCCAUAUCGACACGUCAGCUUCCCAGAUGAUGACGAGGAAAUUGUGCGGAUUAACCCACGGGAAAAGAUCUGGGUUACAGGUUAUGAGGACUACCGCCACACUCCUAUGCGAGGGAAGUACAUUGAUCCGGAUGACGGGGACUCGUAUGUGCGGUUUGCCAAAAGUGAGGCCUCAAAGCACGAUUACAAUUAUCCUUACGUAGGCAACCCGGACUUUGACCCAGGUGAAGACAUCAAGGGUGCUGUGGUAAAGACUCAGCCUGCCAGAUGCAAACCACGUCGGCGAAAGGAAGACGGGGAGAGGUCGCGGUGCAUCUAUUGCAGGGACAUGUUCAAUCACGAGGAAAACAGACGGGGUCAGUGCCAGGAUGCUCCGGACAGAGUCAGAAGCUGCAUCCGCCGAGUCAGCUGUAUGUGGUGCGCAGACAGUAUGCUCUAUCACUGUAUGUCUGAUCCAGAAGGAGACUAUACAGACCCUUGUUCUUGUGAUACUAGUGAUGAAAAGUUUUGCCUCCGGUGGUUGGCCCUUAUCGCCUUGUCAUUUAUUGCCCCUUGUAUGUGCUGUUACUUGCCCCUCCGGGCUUGUUACCACUGUGGGGUCAUGUGCAGGUGCUGUGGUGGGAAACACAAAGCAGCUGGAUGACAACACUCAAAGCUUGUGAAGGACUUUCCAUUUUCCCCUCUAACUAAGGAGAACCUGGUCUGGAGCAGAGUCUCAAAUGUUCCAUGCAUCUUGACGCAGCCCAGAGAGCCUGGUGGGAUCCAGGAACCACCCAUUGGCUUGUCCUUUUCUCUCUCCCACAUGGCUGCUAUGCAUUGAUUGCUCACUGAGUUCUAACAGACUAAUGUGCAGCAUAGACUUUUGUAUUAAUCUGUAAUCAAGCCGAAUGUCUUGUACCUGUUUAUACCUCCCCACCCCCACUGAAAGGAGAUUGAGGUGCGAGUGGUUGAGCGUGGUGGACUUCGGAACAUCUCAAGUUUGUAUCUGUACUCGGCAAGCUACUGUCACAUGUGGGAGUGUGGUAUAAUGGAGUGAAUUCCCAUUUUAGAGUGUGUUCAACUUGCAGCCAGUUAACUGUACAGAACAUGUGUGAGUAACCAAUGUGUACCAUGACACAGUAUUGCUGACAAUCUUUGUUGAGAGAAUCCAUGCAAACUGCAGUUUCUUCUUUAGGGUCUGCUCAUCAUUUCUGUUGACAGUUGCUUUGCUUGAAGAUCAGAGAAAUCCUCCAGUCAAGUGAAAUGUGGGAAAUGAGCCUUAGUAUCACCUAUAAUGUUGAGCAUCUGUUUCAGACCAAUUUUACACAGGAAAGGGAAGCUUUAAGUGUCUUUAACCCCCAUCCCACCCUCAGUCUCCCUUCCAGAAUCCUUGGCUAAUACAGCUUUACUGUUCACUCUACAGAAUAAGACGACUUUAUUUUUCAGUGCGUUCAUUUGAAACAAAGGGAAGCUUCACACCAUUCUAAACUGCCCCUAUCCCCCUGUACUUGUGGUGUAUCUUAUGUAAAAGAGGGAAUGUUGUCAGGGUUUGGUUUUUAUUUUGUUUAUUUGUUUGUAACUACAUACUAGGAAUGGGGAACUGCUCUAACCUAACAAGCAUCUGGAGUGGCAGCAUUUCCAGUAUGGAUCCAGGAGCUCCCUGCUUUCCAGUAAGUUCCAGGCUUAUUGAAAAUACAGGAAGGCCUCCACUGCAGGCUGUCGUUUUGGAGCCUGGACCUAAAGGCUUUGGGAGGCGCCAGCCCACCUCCCCACCCCACACACAGUAUUUACCCAGAACAGAAUAAAAAGGAUUGCGGGGGGCAGGGGGUGUGGAGGCCCUGGAUUUUGGCCCGGACGUCCAGGGGUAAGAGUGCCUGUAACUGCAGGGAAGUCUGCCCGUCUUCCCUACAGCUGAUGUUGGCUAUGGGGUUGAAUCUAGCAUAGGAAGGGAACUGGUGCCAUAGAAGCCCUUCACUUCCCCACCACCCACCUGACAAUAACCAAGAUGCAGACAGGAGCAUGGGCGAUCUUUAUCAACAUUAUUAGUUUCCAUUUUCAGAAGCACUCAUCUGAUUUUUUUUAAUUUACUGUAUUAUUGAAAUUGUCAAAAAAUUUCCACCUCUCUGCAUCCAGUGCAGAGAAGCCCGACAAAACUGGCCAGGCUUAUCAGUUGUACUGGGAGAUGAGCUGUAGAGGUGUGGGAGAGAAAUUCUUUAAAACCAUUGUCAAUUCCAUCAAAAUACUACUGGGUGAGCCCGCAUCUCUCCCCUCCAAUUAUUUUAAUUGACUUGCUCAAUUUUAAUAGUUCUUUUUCAGUUUUAUUUUCAGUAUCUGUUCCAGCAUUGGUCUGCAUUCAUCCCUCUUUAUGUAAUUUUUUUUUUUAGUGCUCCUCCCCCCGUUCUGAUCUCUAAGCUAUGGUACAUUUCAGAAAGAUCAUCCUUGCAAUGUCAGGUGCCCACACGUGCACCCCUCCACUUGACAUUCUGUAAUGCAAGCCUGGGCCAUAGUUUCUUAACCUUCACCCAAGAAAUCCAGUGGCAUGAAAGUUAAGUGGCCCCACUGCCACUUCUAGAUAGAUACCUGGCUAUCAUUGCUUUCUGAGUGUGCUAGAUGUACCACCACCACAUCCUGACAGUCUCAGAUGAAGGCAGGUUAGUGGCCUCCGCCCCCCGACCCCACAUUGGAGCAUUUCAGUACAGGAGAGAGAUGCUCAAGUAAGAGAGAGCUUAAAAAAAAAAAAAAAUCCUGCCUGCAUCUAAGGCUGUAAUAUUGGGGGUUGGUGGGGAAAGGAAGAAUUUAGCAUAGUGCCUUAGAUUGCUAGUCCUGGGUACAGGGAAGUAGUAGUUUGUGCAGUUAAUUUUGGAAGCCCUUCUAGAAUCCAUGAUCUACUCUGGAGUUUUGGUGGAGCAAAUGAAUUCAUUUGACCCUAUCCGUCACAAAAGGCAGGCCAGAAGUGUUGAGAAAUAAAAUUCUGCUUUCUGCCAGAACUCAGCAGAGCAGGACCAACUUAGAUCUACCCCUGUAUACAUGCCACGUGGAGCCACCUGUGGCCUUGGAUCUUGGUGGAAUGUUUGUUCCUCUUGCUGGAUGCUUCCAUGUCUUCUGUGCACAACCCAGCCAAAGUUAAACAUAAGGUCAUGUGCCAGGGUCCAUCUGCUCCCACAUCCAACACUGGAACACCACAAGGCAACAGCCCUUUCCUGUUUUCCCCCAGCAAUUAAUAUUUGGGAUUAUGCUGCCUUUUCAAAGGAAGCCCUGUUGAGCUGCCAGCGGGGGUUAACAGGCUUACCCAGCAUGGAUCUAUAUAAUUCCCCUUUAAAGCCAUUUCAACCAGUGGCCCAUCACCACAUGUGAUGUCAGCAAUUUCCAUAAGUGUAAGAAGUACUAGUCUGCCCUGAAUCUACUGCCAAUAUACUUCAUUGGAUAACCCUGAAAUUUCUUAGUAGUAGCUCAUUCAUUGAUCAAUUUGUAAGCCUCAGUGCUGUGCUUAGUUGUCUUAACACUUUACCCAUGUGGAAAGUGUGCCAACCCCUGAUCAUCUUAGUUGUCCUUUUUUCUACACCUUUUCCAGCUCCAUGAUAUCCUUUCUUUGAGGGGGGUGGGGAGCGAGCGAGCAACCAGAACUGUAACAAGUAUUCCAAAUGCAUCCACACCACAGACUUAUAAUAAUAAUCAUUACAAUAAUGACCCUUUCAUUUUCGGUCCCUUUCCCAAAAAUCCGUACCAUAGAAUUUGCUUCAUCUCACUGCCAUUGCAUACCAAGUUGAUGAUUCUUUUGAGCUAUCGCAGCAAGCUCAAGAUCUCAUUUUUUUGAUAGCCGCAGCCUGUUCAUAUCUUUGGAUGUUUUACCCCAAUUUACAUAACUUCAAACUUAUACUUUAAGUUCCAUGGAUUUCAUUGGAAAAAAUUUAAGCAUGUGCUUAUCUUGCUGAUUGGACUCAAUGGAGCAUAUAUGUUUACAAAAAGUCCCACUGAUUUCAUUGGCAUUUUCUCCCAAAUAUGUAUAGCAUUGUAGCCUUAAUAAACUAUGCUUGGAAUAUGCCCUAAUCUUGUAACAUGUAAAGCAGCCGUUAAAAAAACAAAACCCUAGAUCCCACCCCCCUACAAAAAUCAUUUAAUUAUUAUGCAAAAAUCAUUAAAAUUGUAACCAAUCUAGAUACAAAUAUAGCAGAUUACAUUAAAACAUGUAAGGUUUCUAUAUAGGGAAAGUGUACAAGCAUGAGGAGUAAAGUCAUCACUGAUGAAUACACUAAAAUAAUUAUUUUACACAAUAUAACCUCACUUAUCCAGACUUCCAAGAGGGCAUCCAAACAUCUGUAUAAGACGACAAGGGGAGAAGUCGGAGUAAUAGUUGACUUGGUCAUGGUAGAAACGGUGAAUCCUAGAUUAAUCAAAUUUCGGAGCAAAAUGGGGUUUCUACUGACUGUACUUCACAAAGACGUUGAUAUUGCUCCCUCUUUUAGUCUCUUAAGUCUUUGGACCUGCAAAGCAGAUCUGCUUGCACUGUGAUCAUGGAGAAUUUCCAGUGGAAUCAUGUCUGACUGAACACUUCCCAUGUCAGGUUCAGUGCCAUAAUGUGCAGGUGGAAGUGUAGAAAGUACCAAGGGGUGAGGGUGGGGAGUGCUAUGGUAUUACGGGGUUUCCCAUCAUGUGGCCUACACUUACCCCCCUACUGUGUUUAUCUGCUGUGCAGACUACAGGGUCAGCAUGGGGCCAUGGCUUUCAGCUCCCAAAAGCCAGCAUAGUUGGGGCUUGAAAAGAACCCAGCAAUGACAUGCCUUAGGUCAAAGCUGGAGAAUUCCCAGGCACCUGCAUACCCUGGUGUCUUGAAAGGAGACACUAAGAACUUGGCCAGCCCUGCAUGAGAGAGAGACCCUGUUGAAAUGAGUAGGAACUCCCAGCAUUGAAAACAUGUUGAUUUUCAGUAGAACUUGGCAGUGCCUAAAGCAUGCAUGCUUUGCAGGGUCUGUAUCUAAUUGGCUUUGAUAUUUGGUUGUGAAAUACGUACAGCAGGGUGAAAUGAUACUUUAAUUUUGUGUGGGUUUUGAGUUUCUUUCUUUAAAGCCAUGUCUUAUGUACAAGGCUUGUAAUUAGCUGGGGAAAUAAUAUUUUUCUAAUAUAUGACACGGGAUAGCAAAAUACUUUUUAUUCAAAGGAAUAAUGUAGAGCAGUUUAGCUAUAAUAUAGCAUAGUACAAUCUGAAUAUUCUGAGGCAGCUAGGCACUGGCUUGUGAAAACUGGCACUGCUGUUCCUGCCAUAAUUUCUUUCUGCAGUUGAUUGCCAGUGAAUGCAUGCCCUUGCCCUCUCCCUCCUCCUCAUUGCACGUUGACAUGAGUCUUAAAGGAAAAGGAACUUGGGAUUUUACUUUUGCCAAAUAGAUACCUAGCCACAUGCUUACCACUCCUCCCAUAUGUGAAAUGGGCCAGCGGCUCCAUCUAGGAGUCCCGCAGCUUUUAUCACAUUAAACUACAUAUGCAAUGAUGUGUGACGUUGUGCUCAAAUCCUGAUGCUUGAGUCUAUCUGGAUGUAACUCUGGCACUGACAGUGAUUUGGCAGAACAGAUAUUCGGACUACCUGCGUGGGCACAUUGCAAUAUCCACUGGGCCAGUUCAAAGCGUGUAGGACAGAAUCCAAAGGCCUUUCCCUGAGUGACACUUACAAGGCCUGUUUCCAGACGCAGACCCUGGCACCCUACCCAUGUGUCGCCUGACAAGCCACUCCUGAAACUCAGGGGACCAUCCGGAGAGGAUGCCAAUGCAGUCUUGAAACAAAAGGGGAAACCUGGGUGUGGGUGUCUACAAGGAGACACAUGCAUGUGCCUAAAGCGAUCUUUAGUUGGGCUCCUUCUUGCCUAGCUUUUGCAAUAUGGCGGUUUCCCAUGUUGCAAAGCUACUGUCGGAACUUCCAGGUCAUGUGCUAUGAUUCUUAUGCAUACCAACGUCACCCCACUCUCUGGGAGGAGCUAUAGCUUGGGCAUCUCUCACAUGAGCUGGAACUUCCCAUGUUGCCUUUGCAGCUUGGAAAAGAGCCAGAGUGUGGCAGCUCCCACUUCACAAUUGUAAUGCAAGGGGUGGGCCCAGAGCUGAUCACCUAUAUCCAUUAUGCAGAAUAAAGUGAUAGAAUUCUGGAAUUCUGUACCACUUCAGACUAGUUGGGGGAUAGGUUUUUUAAAUCCCUGCCCAUGGGUUUUUUUAAAAAGCCUAACUUCCUGUAGGAAGCUAGCACAUCAUAACUCUUUGUGGUGAUGUGAGUUGAACAAUUUAAAAAAAUGCAAUCCCCUAACUGCAGCCUGCAGUUGUACAGUGCAGAACUCCACCACCUCAUUCUGCAUAAUGUUCAGAUUAGUUCGAGAUCUCUCUUGUGUAUGUUCAAUAUUCAAGGUUUCAGAUUUAUAUAGAGUUCAAUGUUAUAGCAAUUGUUAAGUUUUAAUUUCGUAAAAACCGAAUGAUAAAUGGUAAGGGAAGUUGUUCCAACAAAAUUUAAUUCUUUGUAAACUUGUGGGAAGAAUAAAAUAUUUUUGUGCCUGAUAGCAAAUGACAAAUCUCUCAAGGGUUCCUAGCAAACAUCAAGCCAGCCUCAAAUAAAAAGUGAUGGAACAUCGUGUUUGUUUUUGCAAAUUGUUCCACUCUUCUGAAUUCCUGUAAGAUCUUGCCCCCUACAAAGCACAACACUACAGAAGAGAUCUUACGGAUUCUGUCCCAUUUCUCAGUAUAAGUGCCCCUAUUUAUUUCACUAAAGCAGACAUACUGCAAGCCUUGAUACGUCGUCUUCUGUCAAUUCUCUCUUCUCCUUGGCUUUGUUUUAACCUAUGUUGGGUUGUCUCAUGUUUGUUUUUCUGUGUGCGUUCAAGUGUUUGUCUUUUUUCAUUUUUGAAGGGAGCAGCAAAAUGGGCACAAAGAUAGAAAUGGGGGGGUUGGGAGGGGGAUUUUUUGUAAAUAUUGCUCAUUUAUUUCCACAGUGUAGCUGAGCAGUGUGUGGUAUUCCCACCACCACCCCUGCCAGCUUUCCCAUACUGACAUCAAUCAUCUGAAAAAUGAUUCAAAUUUUAUUUUUGUAUCUGUGGUAACCAUCCAUUAACCAAAAGGUGUGUGUUUUUACAUUUGUGCCCCCCCCCAUUGUGGUUUCCUUUUUCAAGCAAUUGCUCACAUUAACAAAUUUAAGUGCCUGAAGCAAACCCCCAUUAUGAAUUUGUAUGCUAAAUGUCUUUUGUCUUGAUUUUUAUAAGCCUUUUUACCUCUGUGUAAAGAAUAUAUAUACAAUUAUAUGAUGUAAAUUUUAGUUCUUAACUUCUUUUUUAUUGUUUCUAAUAUGUAUGAUCAUUGUAGCUAUUGCAUUCAAAAUGUACCAUGUAAAUAUAAAUACAUCAUAUCACCAUGA